AUGACCACAAAAUCACAGAAGACACUCGUCGUCACAUUCAAGCUGUCACCAGAGUCCCUAAGUCAGUUCCCGCACCAGCCCGCGCCCGCCGUCAAGGAGGAAGCCAAGGCAUCUACACCAACACCCACGCCCCAGAUUGUCGAACCUACGCCUGCUGCCACUCCCGCAGACUCGACCGCAGACAUGAACGCCAGCACACCCUCGUCGCUCGCUCCUCCCUCGGCCAAGAGGAAGGGCCCCAAGCCUGGGAGCAAGCGGAGUGCUGCGCAGAUGGAGGCUGGCUCCAACGCCGGCACACCCAAACAACCAAAGGCCAAGCCUGGGCCCAAGAGGAAGAAGAUGGGAGACAUCAUCAACGACCCCAACUCAAAAGGUCCCUUUGCUGCACCAGCAGCCAUCAACAAGGCUGGCCCCAAGGCUAACCUAGGCGCCAUCAACGAGCGACUACGUGCCCUUGACCGAUCAGGCGCCAAGUGCCGUCGAUGGGAGAAGAAGGGCUUCCAAGUUCGCAGCUUCACCGGCGUCCUGUGGCAAGUACCUACCUACCAGCCAGGCCGCGGGUCUGCUUUCGCCGACGACGUCAAGAGCGACACCACUGGCACCAGCGACUCCAAGCUCAAGGACGAAAGUAGUGCCAUCAGCGACAAGAGCGGCAUGAACGGCGACAGCACGCCAAUACCGACGCCGAUGAACGGCCUCGAAAGCUCACCAGCUCCCAUUCCAGCUUGA